UCAACUUGAUUCCACAGUUCCUCCAAUUCUCUCUAUACUCCGUCGACUCAAAAUGGCGCCCAUUAAUACCCUAACUUCAUGAUUGUUGUCGUUUUUCCCAUCGAAAAAUUUGUUUGAACUGAAGUUCGUCCUUAGGCUCCAAUCAUACGAUAAUCUGUCAAUUCAAAACCCCUCGAAUCUCACCCCCAACAGAAUCCCCUCUAAAAUGAUUAAAAUACCGUUGAAUUACCGAUAAAAUAUGCCGUACUGUGCACUAGGUUAGGGAGGAUUUAUUUCGUUCCAAGUGUAAAAUUGUUUUUAAAAAAUAAAUGAAGUGCUGAAUUUUUGUUUCAAUUUUGAAACAAAAUAAUUACGAAAUAUGGGAUCGUCACUUUUAGUCUGUCCCAUGUGCUGUGGAGAGACGUUCAAUAGUUCACAGUCACUUAAAUAUCAUUUAUUAAGUAUGACUGAUAAUUUGUACUGUCCUGGAUGCUCGCAGAGAUCAGAGUCUGUUGCUGCAUUGAUUCAGCAUCUUGAUGCAUGUGGCACUGGGGAUAAUGUGACUUUUGAGGAGACUGUCAAUGAAGGAAAAAUUGGGGAGGGCGAGGUGUUGAUGGAUACAAAUGUCGAGCAAAUCCACGAAAGUUUCUUGGCAUCUGUCAACAACGAGGGUAUCAUGAUUGUGGGAGGACCGAGAUCCCUAGAAGUGGACGACGAUGGACAAAUCAAGAUGGUUCAAAAAAUGGAGCCGGAGAACGACCCGGGGGAGUCCAUUCUUCCUGACGACGAGUACGAGGAUCUUGAGAACAUCGACGAGGAUGGCUCUGUGAAAUCGUCAACCAGCAAGAAAGAUGAAACCAGUGAAAACGCCCCUGUGAUCAGCAUCCCAGAGAAGACAGACGACACAAGCAACGAGAACAACGUCAUUGGAAUUUACUCUGACGAAACGGCUGAGUACUUCGAGGGCGACCAGAGCCUAAUGGAAAUCAAUGAGGAUGAGGAUACUAAAGAGCUCGGAGAAGAAUUCAUGAGGAUCGACGCAACAGCCCUGUACAGCUGCAGCAGUUGUGGGAUGGGUUUCAAUUCGGUGUUGGAUCACAUAAAACAGUACCACGACGGUCAAGAAGUCGUACUAGAGAUGGCGGACGAGGCGCCAGUCCUCCAGGAGGAGCCUGCAGAGCCCGAGGGGCCAGUGACGAAGACCAAGCAGAGGCAGAAGAUGAAUACAAUCAAGACUGAGGAGUGCAUAGACUCGGAGGGGAGACUCUACACCAGAAAAGUCGUGCAGAUCGAGCCUUUUUGGGAUAAAUCCAACAAUCAGAGUGACAAUUCGAAGACGACUUCAAUGAUUGAAAAGUUCUUCUCCAAUGCUGAAGGUGUCAAGCCCCGUCAAAAGCCGGAGCCCCCAGUCCCCAAGGUCCACCGCUGCAACCAGUGCCUCGAGCAAUUCCCCAGACUGACGGACUUCCGAACGCACGUGUGCCUCAACGGCUCCAACCACUGCGACCACUGCGACCAGUCGUUUGCAACAGUGAAGGCCCUCCAGGUCCACUCGAAAGUCCACGAAGUGGAGUCGAACGACCCUGACCGCCAGUUCAUCUGCACCACCUGCGGCACCAAGUUCGCCUCCCACAAGAGCCUGCGCCUCCACUCGCGCAUGCACGCCCCAGUGCGAGAGAGACACGUGGACGCACCCGAGGGCGAUCCCGAUGCUACCUUCACGUGCUUCGAGUGCGGAAAGUCAUUCUCAGAGUCAUACAGGAGUGCCCACAUGGCUCUGCACACUGGGGACUCUGUCACCUGCACAAUCUGCAAUAGAAAGUUUGACUCUGCGGACUCGCUAGCCAUGCAUGCAGCUGUCCACCCGGAGUUGGGGAUGUCCGAGCCCCCGAGGAAUCAGGGGAGAAAGCCCUGGAAGAAGGUGAAACCGCCCAGUCCCAGCGAGGGCCCCGCCGAAGGGGAGAAGGAGGGGGCCGAGGGUGCUAAGGGGAAUGACAAGGACAAUGGGGACCUGUCGAAGCCUUACCAGUGUCAGCACUGUGGGAGAAGGUUCACCAGGCCUCAUGAGAAGGUCAAACACGAGAGGAUUCACACUGGGGAGAAACCACAUGCUUGCGAGGUGUGUGGAAAAACAUUCAGAGUCUCUUACUGCCUGACCCUCCACAUGAGAACCCACACAGGGGUUCGUCCCUACGAGUGCAAGCACUGUGGCAAGCGUUUCAAAGCUUCGUCAGUCUACAAUCAUCACUUGCUGACUCACGGCGAGGAGAGGGCGUACAAAUGUCCAUUCUGCGUCAAGACAUUCAAAACACGUGUGCAAUUGGCAGGUCACAAAAACAGUCACACCAAACCCUUCAGGUGCACCGAGUGCUCGAGGCCAUUUGCCUCGUUGUACGCUGCCAGGGCGCACAUCGCCACCCACAAGAAGGACAACAACUUAAAAUUCAGUUGCUACAUCUGCGGUGCGUCCUACGGGCGUGCAUUCGCACUCAAUGAUCACAUGAAGGUGCAUGGCAGUGAGGCUGUUGCCACACCUGAACCUGCACGCGAGGAAAUUAUUCACGAGGAUUUUCUCCUGGAGGAGGACAUCACCGAGCAGGAGCUCGCCGAGGGAAUCAGUCCCGAUUUACAAUUGAGUGAAAACGGCAUGAUCAAGAAAUUCGUGGACUCUGAUUGAGGCUACUUUCAUUAAUGUGGGGAGGGGAUGCGUGGGUCUUUCAACAAUCUUAGGAAAAAAUGACUUUUUUCUCGAUGAAUUGAGAAAGUGUGGACUUUCGAUAACACGGUUCGACCUUGAAAACGAAACCGAGCCCAUCUUAUGGGUAUUUUAAUACUGAUGUUAAAUUUCGUUUCAGGAAUCUCUCUAGCACGUCGAGUUUUCGAGAAAAAAAAUGUUGAAAUUUUGAAAAUUGUUCAAAUAAACAAGUUGAAAAAUUUGUAGAAAAAUUGAUGUGGACGUAGUUUUUCGCAGAAAACAACAAUGAAUUUAUGAAAAUGUGAUUUUUUUAGUGGACCAAAUUCAUUUUUUAAUAAAUUUUUUAAAUUGUCCUUUUUAACACUACCACAUAUUUUUUCAACUAGACGCGCUAGAAAUAUUUUCAAAAAGAAAUGUAAAAUCGGGUAGACGGAAAAAAUAGCCCAUACACCCAAAACGUGCUAAAACCCACUCAACUUGAAAAUUUCCCUUCGUCUAUUUUUUCCUGGAUUCGUAAAAUGGGCAUCAAAAUAUCUAUAAAAUGCGGUCAGUCUCAUUUCUGAGGCCGACGACAUUCGAAUUUUGUCGAACCGUGUAAUGAUUGCUUGUUUAGGAAAAUUAUUCAAUUUUUAGUUGUGUAUUCAAUUAUCUUGGAUUGAAAUUUUAACGAUUCUUUUCAUCCAAGUGCCCUUAAUAAAUUUAUAUAGGAUCGAAUAUCUUGUGUGAUGGAUGCUUUUCUUCGGAGGUGGAUUAUUGUUGAGCAAAUGUGAGAACAUGUGAUGUAAGAAAGUAAGUUUAUAUCAAUUAAAAAUAUUAACCUUAAAUUAAA